AUGCUAGCUGCCCCGGGACACUGUCCUCCUCCAUCCGGCAUGGACAGUAGCAGCUUUGCGCUGCUGCCGCCGCUCAAACGCAAACGCUCUGAAUCCAGUAGUGACUCGGUCGCCUGCAUCGAUGCGCCGUCGGCUCUCAAACUGCGACACGUCGGCGCUGCUGCUGCUGCUGUUGCUGCCACCGCCGCUGCCGCCGCCGCGGCGACCGCUACUACUACCAAUACAAUGAGGACGACCACCAACACCGGCACCGCCGAUCAUCUACACCCAUCGCUUGCAACGACCCCAGAGUUGGCUUACACGACCACUUCUACGGAGACGUCGAUACCCUCAUCCAACAUGUCCCAUGCUUCGACAAGCGAUCGCGCUACCACCGCUGUCCCGCCCAGGGUGGAUCGGGACCGGCUGCGAGAGACCUUGGAAGCUCAGCUGAGCCUGGAGGUGCUCCUCAAGCACAACGAGCUGCGGUUGAUCGACCAGGAGAUUGCCAAGUGCCAGGUCGCCCUGGAACAGCUCCGACGCUGCGCCGAGAUCCCUUACCCGGGGUCCUCUGUGACGGCGGCCCUCUCGCAAUCCGUGAGCAGCGGUACCGGUCCGGCCGUGCUUCCUCCUGGAAAUGGACCAGCACCGCAAUCACCGGCACCCUGGGGUGUGACGAAUGGACCCUAUACCCGCCACUAUGCCAGGUGGUUGCUUCCUGAUCCUCGCUUUGACGGAGGCGAGGUGGCGCCUGAACUUCCUUUCGCCGGCCAUCCAUCGAUCCCGGAGGGCCGGUCGACUCGCGGAAACCCGGGCGAUAUGGGAUUGUUACUGGGUACAUCCCGCUCGCAGAGAGGCGCAGGCGGGGCGAGACUGCAGUCUCUGCCCAGUGGCUACCCAGCACCCAAGGACAAGGCAGGCCCGAUGAUCAUCCGACGAAAGUCGGAUGGUGUGAUGGUCAAGUUGAUCUGCCUGGACUGCCGGCGAGAUAAUUUCUCCAGCACCCAGGGAUUCAUCAACCACUGUCGUAUCGCACACAAUCGCAACUUCGCCAGCCAUGACGCGGCCGCUAUGGCUUCGGGGGAACCCGUUGAGGUGGACGAAUCUGGCGCGAUUAUUGGCGGCAAGGUUGAGCCCUCCUCCUUUUCCUCCUCUUCCUCCUCAAACAACAACACCAACACCAACAGUAAUGCCGCAUCUGCCGCCUUUGUUCACCCCCUCAUUCGCUCGGCUCGUGCCAUCGACUCGGGCUCCGCCUCUCAAGAGGUUUCUGCAGGCUCCACGCCUCGAAAGUCAUCUGAGGCGGCGGUACCGUUGAUCGCAACCCCGACCCCACGUUAUGCGGCUCAUCGAAAGAAGACCGCGAGUGCAUCUAUGUCGGCUAGUCACGCUUCAUCAUUUACUGCCUCUCCGGACGCUCCUCAUCUAUCGUCACUGAUGCAACUGCGCGGCGUCGGUCUGGAUCUCGGCCAGUUGGUCGGUGAGGCGAAGACGGCGGUCGACCUUGAUGCGUAUUCUUCGGCAGGCGAGGAGUCGGACGGUGAACCCUCGGAGCCCUUGGCGGAUUCAAAGAUGAUUGAUCAGACGCCGCUGCCGGUCAGCAGCCGAGGGAGUAGACAGCCGAUGAGGACAACCGUCGCUCAGACGUCAUCGCAACGACCUGACAGUCGCAAAAGACUCGACAGCCACAACCACAACAGCAGCAGCAGCAACAAUAACAAACCGUCUCAUCUGCUGGAAUCCUUGACGCCCCGUAGCUCCAUCCCUUACACGUCUCCCUACGGCCCAGUCUCACCGGUGACGGACCAUGCGCCGCCGCCUGGGCAUCUGGAGAAUUUGGCGCAUGGGGCGGACUUUAGCCCUCACACAUUGGAAUCGAAUCAAGCGCCGAGUCUGGUGAGCGACGACGAGGACGACUACGAGGCGGCGUCUGAAUCGGAAAGUCCGAGCCCGAGCCCCUCAGAGGCUGGGGACGAGGAUGACCGCCGGUUUGACGACAUCGAAGUCGAGGACGAGGACGAGGAAGGUAACACGACGUCGACCACGUCGACCACGAACCGCCACCCGCGAUCGCUAUCGAAGCCACUCAAGGCGCGCGAGGCCAAGAAGAAGGACGGUCUGAUCGCCGCUGCGUCGAUUGUCUCGCUGGGUCGCGGCAAGAACGAGCGGCGGGUGAGACCUAUCACAGAAUCCUUUGACCCAUCGAAGAUCAGUCUCUCGACCUUUCGGCGCCUGCUGGCUUGUUACCCGGGCACUGUGCGGGAAGUUUUCAGAAGCAAGGCGAAAGCAAAACUCGAACCCAGGGGCAAGAAAGCCAAAGCAGCAGCCGCUGCACAGAAGGAUAAAGUCCGGGUUUACUCUGACUCUGAAGAGAAAUCCAUCCAAGAUGCCAUCGAGACUGGCGUCAAGCUUGACGAGUGGCGAUAUGUCACAUUGCCGGCGCUCAUCAAGGAGAGGGGGUCUGGGGAAGAUGUCUACAUCAACAAGGAUGAACUGGUCAAGUUGAUUGAAUGGAAAGUAACACAUGGACACUUUCGUCCAACACUUGUCGGGAUGGCCAAGUCGAAUUCGGAAAUCACCGUUCGCAAGACUUCGAAAGCAGCCUUUGCGGCCAUUCCAAGCGACACGACAGAUAAGAACUUGAGACUGUCGUUCCCAAAGACAAGCAUGGAUACCCUCACCAAAGCGUUGCGAGGAGUCGGCCCCGCCACUGCGUCGCUGAUUCUCUCGGCGGGGACUGCCGCACGCGAUCCCGAACACGAGGUGCCCUUCUACAGUGACGAAGUGUACCUCUGGCUGUGUCUAGAAGUAUUCCCAUCCGCUGAGAAGGGGGAAGUGCCCGAAAGCGUAUCGAAGCACAAGCGCCCCAACGGAGAACUGUCCGUCAAGUAUAACAUGCCGGAGUUUUCUAACCUUUAUACUGCGGUGCAGAGUCUAAGGUCCCGACUCCAGAAUUCUCCAGAGGGUGAAGAAGAAGAGGAUCCAACCGUGUCUAUUCUGGACAUUGAAAAAGUGGCUUUUGUGCUUGGACACAUUGAGGUUGCGGGCUAUUUCCGUCCAGCAGUUCAGGGGAAAGGGGAGAAGCAAGAGGGGAAGCCCGAUGAGGAGAGUCGGGAAGGGGCUGAGUCGACUCCCACGACGAAAGAAGCACAACAGCUGAAACGGAAACAUGAGACAGAACAGCUGUCCGAGCGGGCAACCCGGCCAAAGAGGGGGAAAAACAAGCAUUGA